UGACAUGCAAAAUGAGUUCAUAAAAAUCAUGGCAUUGUCUGUUCUUUGAGAAAUAGCUGAAUGUAUCCAGAAGUCUACAUUUUUCUCCAUCAUGUGUGACAAAUGCACAGACUCAUCCAACAGAGAGCAGCUGGUAUUAUGUAUUCGCUGGAUUGAUCAUGGCAAUUUAGAGCCACAAGAAGAUGUCAUUGGUAUGGACCAGAUUGAUGACAUCUCAGCACAUACCAUUGUCAGUGUCAUCAAAGAUAUGUUGGUGCGCAUGAACUUCUCACUGUCAAGAUGCCGAGGGCAAUGCUAUGAUGGUGCUGCCAACAUGAAGGGUGGGAAUACCGGUGUUGCAAAGCAGCUAUUGGAUGAAGAACCCCGAGCUUUAUACACCCAUUGCUAUGGGCACGCGUUGAACUUGGCUGUUGGGGAUGCUGUAAAACAUUGCAAAGUGAUGAAGGAUGCACUGGACACCACUUAUGAAGUCUCAAAACUUGUGAAGUACUCUCCAAAAAGGGAUACUGCUUUGCAAAAGUUGAAGGAAAGUCUCGCACCAGACACCCCUGGUUUCCGCACAUUGUGUCCAACAAGGUGGACGGUCAGGGCAGACUCUUUGAAGUCAGUAAUUGAUAACUACUGUGUUCUGCAGGAGCUUUGGGAGAUGUCCAAAGACUAUGUAUCUGAUCCUGCUAUCAAGGGCCGCAUCAUUGGCGUUCAAUUCCAGUUUAAAACGUUUCGAUAUUUGUUUGGGGUUGCUUUGGAACAACUAAUUCUGAGGCAUAGUGAUAACUUGAGCAAGACCCUACAAUCACCCAAGUUGUCUGCUGCCGAGGGUCAAUGGAUAGCUUUGAUGACUGUUGCAACGCUGCACGUGUUCAGAGACGACACACAGUUCAAUCUUUUCUGGAAGAGUCUUCAAGAGACAGGACUAAAUUAG